AUGGGAGCACCAGUUCUCCCGUGGCUGCUGGUGCUGCUGGUGAUGUCCCACUUAGCCCAUGCAGCCAUCCUGGAGGUGAACGGAAACCUGAACUGUAGAUGCGUAAAGACAACCGCAGACUACAUUAGUCCAAAGAGAUACGAAAGCAUUGAGAUAAGACCCGUGGGGAGCACCUGCAGGCGUACAGAGAUCAUAAUUAAGCUAAAAACCUCAGGGAAGGUGUGUGUGAAUCCUGAUGCCCCUUGGGUAAAGAAGCUGCUGAAGCGUAUUGCUAGCACGAAGAAAAAAUAAGUUUCCUGUGAAGGAAGCUGACGCUCAGAGCCCUGAGAUGUGCUGGCAGAUGAGGCACAGGAACCUGGUUGCUCCCCUCUUUGCCCUUGCUUCCCCCCUCGUCCUGAAAGUUGCAUGUCCAGCCCCAGCGGAGGCCACUGCAGGGAGGGCAGCUCACUGAUGAGCCAGCCCCAUGGCAGGUUCUG